AUGUCGGAUUUCAACUCAACCAAGGUCACCAACCCCUCCACCUUCAUCCUGCAGGGCAUUCCGGGCCUGGAGACAGCUCAUGUCUGGAUCGCCAUCCCCUUCUGCACCAUGUACAUCAUAACCAUCUUGGGGAACUUCACCAUCCUGUUCAUCGUGAAGACAGAGCCGAGCCUCCAUGAGCCCAUGUACUAUUUCCUCUGCAUGCUGGCCAUGACUGACCUGGGUCUGUCCACAUCCAUCGUGCCGAAAGCACUGAGCAUCUUCUGGUUCAAUUCCAGGGAGAUCAAUUUCAGUGCCUGCCUCACCCAGAUGUUCUUCAUUCACUGCUUCAUAACAAUAGAGUCUGGAAUCCUUGUGGCCAUGGCUGUGGAUCGCUACGUGGCCAUCUGCCAUCCCCUGAGACAUUCCACCAUCUUGACAAACGCUACAGUAACCAAAAUUGCCCUGGCCAUGGUGCUGCGUGGGGCCUUGAUCACAUUGCCCUUUGACAGUGUGUUUCACAUCCCAGGUCUCUACUUCUCCCUCUCGGGACGAUUUGAGGAGAAGAAGCCGCACCCUGUCCAAGUUCUUAUUGCCAACAUGUACUACGUGAUGCCCCCCAUGCUAAACCCCAUCAUCUAUGGUGUGAUGACCAAACAGAUCCGGAACCAGAUGCUGCAUUUCUUUGUUUACAAAGGUGCCUAA